CUAUUUUUAUCCAGAAUUUAGCUAAUGCGGAAUCUCAGCGACUGACAUCACUGAUACACUGCGGCGCUGCCUUGUUCACUGUUAUUCGCAAUAGAAGAACCGGCCAAAUGUCGUACUUACUCACGGAAAUUGCUCUGGAGAUGCUUGGCUACAAGUUCUACGACACCAAUGGCACAUUUCACCUAACCAACUUCCAGAACACCUCGACCCACAGCGAAUCGCACCCCGACGAGCCUUCGCUGACCGAAUUUAUCGAGCAGAGGACAGUGCAGAACGAAGCGGAUCCAGUCGCCGCCCCCAGUCAAGCCCCCAUUCCCGACUCCCGCCAUCCGCGACGCACGCCUGCCAAGGCCCUGGCCAAAAUAAUGGACUAUGAGAGCGAGAAGAUCGUCAACCAGAUCAGCGCUCGCCUGGAGCGGUCCGUGUGGCGGCGGGCGGCGGACAGCGAGGAGCUAUUGGGCGAGGUAAUGGACGAGGAAAGACGGCUGAUCAGAGCAGACGCUGGUGAGAUCCGUAAGUUUCGCGAAUUCCUGCAGUCGCGCCUGCAGCGACUGGACAAGCGGCCAUUCGAGAAGUAUGAAAGAACCUUCGGUGCGGAGUAGGAGUAGUGUAGUGCUAGUAUAUAGGAUGAGUGCGAAAUAAAUUAAGAUUAGUCGUUAAAUUGUUCAUAAACAUUAAUAAAAGAGUAAUAAUUGCCGCAUUAGCAUUUAGCUAAUGCUACUCCGACCUGUCAGUGGCACGCGCAGCUGAUCUAGGUUUGUUUAGUUUUGUAUUGUCGCAAAUCAAGACGAAAUAAAUUAAAAAUCAUGAAUACAAGCGA